ACUUAUUGUCAGUGUGCCACGAACCUUUGAAGAGAACGGACGUACGCCGGCUCUCAAUUCCGAUAAGAUCCACGUGCUCGCCUGCCGGUCUUUGGUGUUCGCAAAUAAAAAUCACCGUUUACACGGAGAGCCGAGAAUUUGAAUGAUAAGAAUUUCGCUACUCGAUUUAAGGGGUUUUCAUGCGAUUCUCGACAUAAUACAGCGUGAACAACGCCAAAUCGACGGCUGCGAUGUGUGAAUUUUUACCGCCGGCUACUGACCGAAGGCUCGUAGAUUCGCCGCCUGUGUAAUGCAAACAAUUAAUACCCAGAGGGGGCGACGCGAGGGGUCGGAUCAACGAACAAGUCGAUGAUUCUGGCCGAGGGAAUUGCACAACACGGCGACUUUCCCGUCGGCGGAUGCCGGCAAAUAGAACGGCUUAGUGAGUGUUCCUGCAUCCGUGUACCAAGAGUGUGAAAAAUCAAAUCAAGCUGGUCCGGAGUUUUAAAAAUGAACGAAAAGCUUGGGAGGAAGAGUUGACUUUACAACGCUCUGCUAGUUGAAAUCACAUCUGCCCAAGUUGGUGUCUUUUACGUACAAGAUAAAUUGCUUGUGUAACUUUGAACAGGCGUAAGAACCACCAGACGACUCGCUGUUUACUGGAUAAAUAAACAACCAGCUCUAAUUUACUAUGCGAAAGACUCCGCGAAUCCGAUCUCACAUGGACAUUAUUAUACCGGUGACUUUUAUCCUAACGAUAAUAAAAUACUCUAAGCAGAUCUCGCACUUUGGAGAAGUUCGUAGUUCGUUCAACUGACUGCUCCAGACGCUGUUGCUGAUCUAUUCAUCCCAGGCACGAUAUAUCUUUGAUCAGGGAUGGAGGAGAUAUGCGAGGAGGGGACCGUGUCUCGAUUUCUGGGUACAUGGCCCAGGCGUCACUUGAUCUGGACGUGGAAAGCCGCGAAUGGAUCCUCAAUAAGAAUGACCGCAGCGUCAGGAACAACACCGAACAGGACCGAGUGCUCCGUGGAAGCUGCGAACAUAGUCAUUGCCAUAAUCGCCCUGAUUCCACCCGCCCUACUGGUCAUGCGGUACAAAUGCGGGGAGAGGCAGAAGACAAGCGGAAGCCUGCUACCUCUGCACAAUGUUAGAUCCCUGCUAUGUCUUGGCCUGCUGUUAUUCUUCCUACUGGACUUGUCGGAGAGUCUGUUUGAGAUGCGUCUGCUGCUUCCAAUCCUGAGCAUUCUUCUGGUUCUGGUGUGCUGGACAGCACACAGAGCAAUUGAGGUGUGGAAUGGGAUCGGGGUCAUCGUUACUGCGGCUUCAUUCGCAAUGGUGGCCGUUGCGAGGGUCUGGAGGCUCAUAUACAUCCACGGGCUCGGACUGACCUUCGCUCAGGCCAGAGUAACGGCGACGACAGGAGCUGCGGUCUGUUGCAGCCUUUUGGCGAUCGUGGACACCUACGCGGUCUACAGACUGGUGCAAAAGGACAGGAAGUACACCGUGCAUCGACAGCAGAGCUCAAACAUAUCCUACAAGCACAGGGAGGCCCCGUUUCUCAGCAGGAUAACGUUCCACUGGGUGGUCGAACUCUUGGGACGCGGUUACCAGGCCCCCCUGGAUCUUCAGGACAUCGGUGAGCUUCCGAGCGAGGAAUCCACGCGGGUUCAGUUUGAGAAAUUUUGGAAAAUCUACAAGAAGGAAGUGCAGCGGACAACCAGAGGCGGUAAAUUCUCACUUUGGCGUUGCUUCUGGAAAAGGAUUUGGCGCGGGUUUCUCAUCGGUGGAAUAUUGAAGCUUUUCGGUGACGUCAUGACGCUUGCGGGUCCAAUGGCCAUUUCUAGGAUCAUAAGCUAUGUGGAUACAGUGCAAAACGGGACAAUCACGGACCGUGGCGUUAGGAUUAAGAGCUUCGUCACCCUUGACGAACUCAUGCAGAAUGGCUAUUUCCUGGGUCUGCUGGUCUUCCUGGCGGCCGUAUUGCAGAGCACCUUCAGCCAGGCCUCGACCCACAUUCUCAACGUCGAGGGAAUCCACCUACGAACCGCUCUCCAGGCUUUGGUCUACGACAAAGCCCUCCGAAUGUGUUCGUGGAACAUCGCUGAGGAGGAGAAAGUCCCUGACACCAGAGAUAAAGAGGGGGGCGAUGGAAAGACUCAUCAAACCGCCCCCGAUAUCGGGACACUGACCAACCUCAUGGCCGAAGAUGCGUACAACGUGAUGGGCUUCUUCUGGAUCGGUCAUUACACUUGGGCUGUACCUGUCAAGAUAUCCGCGAUUAUUUUCCUGGUCUACCUGAAGCUUGGUAUCAGCGCGAUAAUCGGUGCUAUUUGCUGCAUUCUGAUCGUCACUCCGAUGCAGCUUUAUCUCGGCAAACGAAUGUCGGCCAAUUCCGAAGUGAUGGCGGAACGCAGCGACGCCCGUUUGAGACUCAUGAACGAAGUUCUCCAAGGAAUAAGACUUAUCAAGCUCAGAGCUUGGGAAGAUCUCUUCAAGGACAGAAUUGGUCAGAGUCGAAACAAGGAACUGAAACUCUUGGACCGCGAUUCGUUUUACUGGGCUUUGAUAACGUUUCUCACUCACGCGUCAUCCGUCUUGAUGACCCUCGUCACCUUCGGUAUCUACUUCUGGGUUGAGGAACGUAAACCUGACGCUGGAAACGUGUUCGCCAGUCUCGCUCUGUUUUCACAACUCACCGUCCCACUCUGUAUAUUUCCAGUUAUCAUCCCAAUUAUCAUUCACGCAAAGAUCUCAACUACGAGACUAGAAGACUUUCUCCAACUACCGGAAACCGUCAACAUUCUGCCUGAAAAUGAUUCGAAAUCAGCCGAUGGGAGGGCCAAAAGACCGAAAAUUUCCGAUGCAGAGGUGGGCAAGAUACAUAACGAGUUGAGCUUCGGAGAUCUGGACAAUAUUGAGGAAGGUGAGGAAGAUCAUAAUUCGUCGGAAUCAGUUUUCUUCAAGGAGCCGGAAACUUCAGGAACGAUAUUGAGUGUUGAUGGUGUAUUCUCCUGGGGUUCUGAAGAGAAUCAGCUAGUCAUCGAGAAUCUGAAAUUUCCACAAGGUAAACUUACACUGAUCGUUGGAAGAAUCGGAACUGGCAAAACUUCCCUACUGUUAGCUAGUCUAGGAGAGAUUCCUACGGUUCGAGGAUCAGUGGAAUGGUCUAAGGACAUAAAAAUUGCAUACGUAUCGCAAAAACCGUGGCUACAGAAUGCUACCCUGAGGGAAAACAUUCUCUUUGGUUCGGACUUUCGACCAUCAAGGUAUCGCAGCGUUUUACGAGCGUGUGCCCUUCAGGAUGACAUCGCAAUUCUACCCGCUGGAGACCUCACGAGGAUCGGCGAGAAGGGUAUCAAUCUCAGCGGUGGCCAAAAGCAGCGGAUAUCCAUUGCCAGAGCUAUAUACAGCGAUGCUGAUACAAUAAUAUUGGACGAUCCUCUGUCAGCCCUAGAUCAGCAAGUGGGACAUCAGGUAUUCGACCAUGGUAUCCAGAGGCUUCUUCUGGGCAGAGGGAGAACGGUGAUCAUGGUAACCCACAUGCUGGAGUUGAUAUCAGCCGCCGACCACAUCGUUGCCAUGGAGGGAUGCAGGGUUCGCUCCGUGGGUUCGAGGGCGGCGAUCGAAGUUUCCGAUCCAGAACUGGCCGCGGAGUGGAGAGAGGCUGCGAGGCGAAAAGACAGCCAGUCGAAAGCUCAGAAGACAGCAAAAGAUCGAUGGUCUUUGGUCAGACUAGUUUCGAGGAUUGGGAUAAACCUCCAGCGUUCCAUCAACGCGGAAGAUGGUUCUUGGAGUACAGACCAAGACGCGAAUGUGACGCCGUCAGCGUUCGUUCCUCUCAGAACGAGGCGGUCGACACUUCACGGUUCCCGAUAUCUCGCCCACGAUCUCACCGACCUUCCGGUACCCACAGAAGAGUGGAGCGUCGUCAGAAAACGAUCAAAAAAGCACAAGAACGCUGCCAGGGCGACCAGUCUUCAACCCCCUAAACAUCCUCCCCCGGUUUUAAGGCAGAGUAGCACCCCAACCAUACUUGAAAGCCAAAUGACCCACUCAAGGAGACGGUAUAACACCUUGGACAGUGGGCAACAGAACGGUACUCUGAAGCAGAUAUUUUCCGGCAGGACUACGCCGUCUCAGGAAUGGGAACAUCAGCCGAUGAAGAGGCUCCUGUCUUCAGAAUCUGGCUACACGGAUGAGACUGACGAAGACUAUGAUGGGACUUCGAAUCCGAAGAAUGCAGUUGGUGAAGACACGGAGUACGAUCAGGAUUUAAGCGGCCUGGUGACGGUUAGUGUCUGCGGCGAUUAUCUGAGAGCCGGAGGCGUCGGUCCCAACCUGAUUUACAUCAGCGUGGCUCUGCUUUGCCAAGCGGUUCGCGUCUACACGGAUAUCUGGCUGAGCGACUGGACCCACCAAGGAAGUCAUCACGACGCUACUUCGGAUCUUCACGAAGAGACCAUAUUCUACUUUCGCGUCUACAUCGCCCUCUCCGUAAGCUCGAUCCUUCUCGCCGUGGUUUACAGCGCCGCUGGACAGUGGGCGGGGGCAAGAGCUCGACGACGACUUCACCAGGAGGCGGUGACUGGGAUACUAGAAGCACCCUUGGUCUUCUUCGAACGGACACCGAUCGGCAGGAUCCUUAACAGGUUCAGCGCGGACAUGGGAGUGAUUGACAAGAAACUGUCGACGGUGGUCCAGAGGACGACGGGAUUCGUAUUACUCUGCGGAUCGGCGAUGCUCGUGAACGUCAUUAUCUCGCCUUGGUUCCUGGCCGCCGCUGUUCCAAUCUGCUUCGCCUACUUCCUGUUGCAGCGAUUCUACAGACGGAGUGCUCGGGAACUCCAGAGGCUCGAUGGAAGCACCCGGGGCCCAGCGGCCGCCCACUUUUCCGAGACUUUGGCCGGCCUCGCGACCCUCAGAGCCUCGAAACAGGAGGAUCGGUUCAUGGACGAGAUGGUCGAGCACUUGGACUCGAACACGAACGCAUUUCUCAUACUCAACACGAGCAGUCGAUGGCUCGGGAUCGCCCUGGAUUAUCUCGGGGCGGUGAUUGUCGGAGCUUCAAUUUUCGCCGCCAUUAUGUCCGCCGAACUUUAUCCCAGCCGUGUUACUCCGGCCCUGGUCGGUCUCGCUGUCAACUACACCCUCCUGGUACCCAUCUACCUCAAUUGGGUCGUUAAAUUUGUUUCCGACAUUGAAAUGUACAUGGGGAGCGUUGCGCGGCUCAGUGCCUACACGAAAACACCCAGAGAAGAAUAUCGGGAUGACGGCCAGGCCGUACCAGGAACUUGGCCCGAAAGUGGGGAAGUCCUUUUCGAAAACGUAUCUUUGCGAUACGGCACGGAAGGGGAACCGAUUGUGACAAAUCUCCAGCUGUUGAUACCAGCCAGACAGAAACUUGGUAUCUGCGGAAGAACAGGAAGCGGAAAGUCAUCGGCGGCGAUGUCCCUCUUCCAAUUUGUCCAAGUAUACGAAGGGCGUAUUCUCGUAGACGGCGUCGAUAUCCACAGGAUUCCACUUCGUCUCCUGCGAUCCCGAAUCUCUGCAAUCCCUCAGGAUGUUAUUCUAUUCAGCGGUACAGUCAGAGAGAAUCUCGAUCCGCUUGGUCACCAUUCGGACGAUGAGUUAUGGGCCGCCCUCGAACUCGCCCAGAUCAAGGAUAUCGUUAAGACUUGCCCCGAGGGACUGAACACCGAGGUCCGGGAAGGCGGUGAAAAUUUCUCCGCGGGACAACGUCAGUUGUUAAGCAUGGCCAGAGCGACUCUUCGAAGGUCGUCGAUCGUCGUCCUUGACGAAGCGACCAGCGCGCUCGAUGCCGUGACUGAAAAAUCAGUCCUCACGGGAAUGGCGACCUCGUUCAGGGACAGAACGGUCAUCACGAUAGCGCAUCGAGUCGCGUCGCUUCUUGACUGUGACCGCGUUGUCGUUUUCGAUGGCGGCCGCGUCGUCGAGGAUGGACCACCGAAAGAUCUGCUUCGCCGUCCAAAUGGCACAUUCUCGGCCAUGCUAAAAUCGUCCGAGGAAUCCAUAGACAAAGCUUAGGAGCUGGAGGAUCGGGAACUCGGGUAUUAUAGAAUUUUGAAGACGUGGCAGGACUAAUUGGUUUGUCGCACUGAAGUGUGAAGUCAAGUAUUACACUGUUUAUGUAUUUAUACGUAAUAGGUAUAUAAAUAUACCUAUAUAUAUAUACAUAUUAUAUAUUUGUAAAAUUGUCCUCUCUAUUUUAUAUUUUAUACAUGUAUACUAUAGCAGCUAAUACAAAACUCAGGUUACAUAAUUUUUAACAUCGAUAAUAUACAUACAUAUCCGUAUAGAUAUCCAUAUGGGUGUAUACUUUAAUUCAAUCCUAUCUUGAGGUUCAUAGAACAGCAUAAACAUUGCGGUAUUAGAGAACAAUAGCCAUCGAGUUACCUGAAGAAUCGGUAGUUUAACCGAUAGCGCUUAUCUCCGGCGACUGCGUUGACAGUGGAACGUUAACCACGAUGUACAAAAUAUCGAACGUGAUUAUUUUCAAACAACGCUACACAAUUGUUAUACAUGUUAUUACCAUCGCGUUCACAAUUGUUCAAUUUCCAUUCCGUUACUCUUAAGUUGAAAAAUAUGAUAUACUCGACGCGUGUACAGACAUGAUACAGACACUUGUAUUAAAAAAUGUACAUCAACCCAAAAAUCAUCUUGUUACAUAGUUUGUACAAAAUUCCACUUCGCCUACGCUGUUCGUACUUACAUCAGGUAAUUAUCGGUAUCUGUGAAUGAAUUUGCUUGAACCUAUUUGUAAAUAAUAGUCGAAAAAGGUAUUUGAAUACUUUUAACUUGCGACAACGAAUGCAGACUUAUAUUUUUCUAGGGAAUUAACGACGAAAGUUGGAAAUAUUCACGAAUGUUACUUGUACCUAUAACCAAGAGCGCAAGGUGUUGAAUGAUAAUAUAAUUAGCCGCGAUCGAAGACGCUAUCUAUGAGCAAACGGUGUCUCUGCCGCUGCUAGUGUAGCCGGAUUGUUAUUCCGCUUAGUCACCUGGAGGCCGGUCAGACGAUAACAGCUAUAGUGAAACUUUUCUUCGUUCUCUGAGUGUGAACCGAGGCGGAGAGUGCAGGAAAUUAACAACACAAAGUGGUUCGUUUCCGUACCGGGAAUAAGUCUAUAAUCUCGCAUAAUUUUUAAUCAAACAUUUUUUAUCAACAAUCCCGUUACCCCCGUCAUGACGGUUCUGGACCCAAGUUGUUUUCCCAAUCCCGCGAGUCUCGAAACGAAUGAGCAUGUUCCAAUGUCGGCUGAUUCGCUACCACGAGUACAAAAUAUAAGGUGAUAAUAUAACGGGCGGGUAAUUUAAUCAGUUUAAUUUAGUGCGGAUUAAUAGUGCUGAGAGUGAACGAUAUAUAUUUGCGUAACAAUUUGUAGGUCUCUUUGAUUUUUACAUUCACAUACAAAUCUCGCCGUCUCUGGACAUUUUCAACAUUCUCUUUUCCGCGUAAGAAUAAAUUAUAAUAUAAAAAAAAUUUGAAAAGAUCUUACUGAAACGGAAACGAAAAAUAAGGUAGAUAAGAUUUCCGCGUCUUCGUUGGGCCAAAGAUUUUAGUCCGAUUCUAGCAACGGUGAGAGGCUGAACCACCUGCGUGAAAAUCCGACUCCGAAACGUGGAAUCCUCCAACAACCCCGUCCACAGAUACAUCCGAA